CAUCAACUCUUACUACAAGCCUAACAUGGAUGAGACCUAACAAUGAUGAAAUAAAGUGCGACGAAAUUCAAGUAUACAAUAUUUAUCGUAAUGGAGAAAAAUUGAGUGAAACAGCUGGAAAUAAUAUAGAACUACCGAUAGAUAAGUUUGCCUUUGAUACCCAAUACAAAGUGGAGCUGACUAUGAUAAAUAAUGCAAAUCUCGAAGGGAUUAGGAUCUUAGUCUUUGACACACUUACUCCUGCUGAUAAGCCAUCUCCUCCCCGGGAGCUUAGUCUUAGCGGAAGUGAUGUGAAUUCAUUCAAUCUUACAUGGAGUCCUCCAGAGUUUACUAAUGGUCGGUUACGGCAGUAUCAGGUCAGCUGCUAUGAGAACACAACUUUUGUAGUAUUCAACCAAACCCUUCCUUCUGUAACUCGAGAAGUCUUUGUCAGCGGUCUAGAGGAAUACACAAAGUAUGAUUGUGAAAUACGUGCAUCUACCCGAGCAGGUUUUGGACCUGCAAAUGGAGCUAAGUUUGAAACAGCAAAAGGAACCCCAUUAGGCGCUGGAGGGCCAGGUACAACAGAUCCUGUACCGAUUAUUGGAGCAGUGAUUGGCGUCAUACUAGUGGCUGUACUUGCGACUGUAAUAGUUGUAUUUAUAAGGAAAAGACGUCUAAAGAAAGACGAUAGGCAAAGAGCAUAUGUUGACGAGAGCGCUACUGGAGGUAACGGAUACGUUAAUGC